AUGGCCGGGAACAGCCUGGUGCUGCCCAUCGUGCUGUGGGGCCGCCGGGCCCCCACGCACUGCGUGUCCACCCUGCUGCUGCUGGAGGACGUGCCCAUGGUGGUGAGCGGCUGCCACGACGGGCAGAUCUGCCUCUGGGACCUUGCUUGGGAUCUGCAGCUGAACCCCAGAGCGCUGCUCUUUGGCCACACGGGCUCCAUCACCUGCUUAGCAAAGGCCUCUGCUUCCAGCGACAAGCAGCACGUGGUGAGCGCCUCCGAGAGCGGGGAGAUGUGCCUGUGGGAUGUGAACGAUGGGAGGUGCAUUGAGUUCACCAAGUUGGCGUGUACACAUACAGGCAUCCAGUUCUAUCAGUUCACGGUUGGAUCCCAACGGGAAGGAAGGCUCUUAUGCCAUGGCCACUAUCCCGAAAUCCUUGUCGUGGAUGCCACCAGCCUGGAAGUCCUUUAUUCCCUGUUAUCCAAGAUCUCUCCGGACUGGAUCAGCUCCAUGACUAUCCUGAGAUCCGACAGGACUCAAGAGGACACAGUGGUGGCUGUCUCAGUCACUGGCAUCCUGAAGGUCUGGAUCGUAACCGCGGAAGCGAGUCGGAUGCAGGACACAAGCCCAGUGUUUGAAGAGGAAUCCAAGCCCAUCUACUGCCAGAACUGCCAGAGCAUCUCCUUCUCUGCCUUUACUCAGAGGUCCCUCCUGGUGGUGUGCUCCAAGUACUGGCGGGUGUUUGAUGCUGGAGAUUACUCCCUCCUGUGCUCAGUGCCCAGUGAGGACCAUCAGACCUGGACCGGAGGUGACUUCCUCUCAGCUGAGCAAGUGAUUGUGUGGACAGAAGAUGGCCAAAGCUUCAUCUAUAAGUUACCAGCCAGUUGCCUCCCGGCCAGUGAUUCCUUCCGCAGCGACGUCGGGAAGGCGGUGGAGAACUUGGUCCCUCCCUUGUUGUCCAACGUGCUGGACAGAGCAACCCAAGAGCUCCUCAUCUGCCCUCCAGUUACUCGCUUCUUCUGUGGCCAGAAGGACUUUACCUACAAGCUCUUGAUCCAAGGCGACUCUUCGGGAAGACUCUCCAUCUGGAGCAUCCCCGAGGCUCUCGAGCAGCAAAGCGGCAAAGCGGUGCGAAAG